UAUUAUUUAUUUAAAAUAGGAGAAAAUAUUUGUAUAUAUUCAAUUUUGUUAAAAUAUCAGAAAUUAAAUUUAUAAAAUGGUUACAUUACAAGAUAUUAGUAUAAAACUUAUGAAACCAGCCAAGGAUCUUGCUGAUUGGAAAUUUCCAUUAUCUCAGAUCUUAGAGGAAUACUAUGCUUUAUUAGAAGAACCAUGUAACAUUAACUUUGGAGAAGCAGCACUUGUUCUUCAAAAUUCAACUAAUGUAUAUGUACGAAGAAUUGAACGUUUACUUAACGAGACAGAAGUUUUAAAACAAACAUUUUUUAACUAUGAAGAAGAAGAAAUAAAAAAAUCUAUGUGUAAAGAGAAAAAAAUUUUAAAAAAAGCUUACAUUGAUUUUAAAAAUUUUGUAAUUAUUGACUUAGAAAAAGAUAUUGGAAAACAUAUUAACAAGAAACAUCAUUUUCAAGAAAAAAAAAUUAAAUUAUUAAGUCAUCGAUUUACACAAUUAGAAAAUGGUGUGACUCAAUUAUGUAUCCCUAUUCAAGUAUAUGAUGUUUUAGGAGAAGUUAUUGGAAAAAAAUAUGAUUUUCGGUGUAAUCAAUCUAUAAAUACAAAUGGAAUGUUGAUAGAUGAAUUAACACCAUAUGAUUUUACUUGUAUACUUGAUUCGUAUGAAGGAAAAAAUUCAUUGAAUUCAUAUUCAGAACCAAAAACUUCUGAUAUUAGAACUUCAGAAUAUUAUACAAGUACUUCAUUAAAUGAUAAUGAAUCUAUUCAUGAUGAACUUGAAAAUGAACAAAAUUUUUCAUCAAUGGAAAAUGAUUUAUCAAUAAAUGAAUUACAAAUAGGCAAAGAAAAUGUGAUAAAUAAUAAUUGUGAAAGUUCAUUUGCUAAUAAUAGUAAUUUAAAACAAACUAUUACUAAAAAAAAUGAAUCAAAGAAACAAGAUACUGAGCAAUCUAUAAUACAAGAUCAUAAUGAUGAAAAGAUUUCAAUUCACAAUUUCAAAGAAAUGAAUCAAAUUAAAAAACAAUCCCAAACUGAAGAUUCUAUACAAGUAAAUCAAAUAAAAAAGGAUAAUCAAAAUAAUAUUAAACAUAUACAAUUUGAAACUAACGAUCAAAUAAAACAUAAUAAAGAAAUAGAUAUUUUUAAAGAGAAUGAAAUUUUCGAAUUAAAUGAUUUGGAUAACAUAAGAUGGAAAGAAGAAUUACCUAAUACAUGGAAAAGAGGGAAUCAAACAACAAAAAUGUCUAUAUGUUCUGUAAAUGAUAUAAAUGAAUGUGAUUGGAAGCCAAUGCCACUUAUUCAAGGAAUAAAACAUGUUUUUUGUGAUAAUUCAUCUAUUUUAAAACUUCCAGAUUAUAUUUCAUUCUUGGAAACAAAAUUUGGUUCCAAAAAACGUAAAUUUACAUCAAAAUUAUGUGAACGCGAAUGUUUAACAAAACUGGUUUUGCGUGAAACAAAAUUACUUACAAAAAAAAAUACUACUUUACAAAUGAAACAAAAAUUUAAACAUUUACAAAAACAGGAAAUAGAAGAUUUUAUGAAAAAUUUUGAUGAAUGUCUAAAUGGUACAGAAAGAGAAAAUGUUAAUUUUCGAUAUGAAACUGUAACGAAUGCUACUGAUUUAUUGGAUUUUCGUACGUUUCAAAAUCAAAAUAAUUCAAUUGAAAAUAAUACAGAAAAUAUAACAAGUAGAAGUUCUUCACCUACUGAUAAUGUAUUACAUUCAAUAAUUUAUCAAAAUUCACUUGAUACUUCUGUAAAAUCUCCUGAUUCAAGUAAUAAUUGGUGUGAAACUUCAAUAUCGGACAUUAAUUUGUCCUAUUCGUUACCAGAUUAUCAAACAUUAAUUGAGCAUAAAAUGAAAGAAAUUUUUGAAGAAUCUAAUGUUACAACAGAAUUAGAUCAAACUGUAGCAAAAUGGCAUGCCUCUUUGCAACCAAAAUUAUCCGAAGUUGAAACAAGACCUACAUUUCGAAUUCAUGAUUAUUCAUCACGUAUAAUAGAAGAAUUACAAACAUUAGAACAAAAAACAGUUAAUUUUGAUACUAUUGUUCAAGACAAACCUGCUUAUGAAGUAGCUAGAUAUUUCUUAGCUUCACUACAAUUGAUAAUUAUGGAAAAGAAAACUUCUAUGAAAUCUACUCAUUGGAUAUUGCAACCAUGGAGUCUUCUGUUUCUUAUUUUAAUUCAAUUUUUAGUGCAAUUUUUAACAUCUAUCUAUCUUUAUACUUAUGUGGCUCAUGUGGAAACAAAUGUUCUUAUUAUGCAAAAACAAGACUUUUUAGAAAGUGAAAAAUUGAUACGAAGAAAACGAAGUAGUGCAUUGCCUGUGACAGAAGAUAAUAAAGUUUCAGAUACAUCCAGAAUUUGGCAAGAAAAAGAUACAUUAAAAGAAUCUAAAAAAGUAACUUCAUCUCCCAUAGCAAAGUCAGCAUCUUCUCCGAUUACUCCUGUUGGACAUGAUUGGGUAUGGUUAAAUGCAGAUACUCGUGUACAGCUUGAUGCAAUUGAAAAUUUUUGUCGGUCAUCAAUGAAAUACUGUCCACCAGGAUUACCAGGAGCACCAGGAAGUCCAGGUGCUCCUGGAGAACCAGGUAUUUCUGGAUUACAAGGUCCAAAAGGAUCAUCUGGUUUAACUGGUCCUCCUGGUCCUCGUGGACCAAAAGGUGAUAUAGGACCUUCUGGCUUUGAUGGAAGAGAUGGAAUCCCCGGAGAACCUGGUCUUGAUGGAAUUCCUGGACGUAGUGGUUUAGAUGGAUUACCUGGAAUAAAUGGUAAACCAGGAUUAAAUGGAUCUCCUGGUCGGCCUGGACGUAAUGGUACAGAUGGAAGGCCAGGUCAAAUGGGACCACAAGGACCACCUGGACCGCGUGGAGAAAUGGGUCCUCCUGGUAGACCAGGCUUACCAGGACAAGAUGGCAAACCAGGGAUAACAGCCUGGAAGGUGAACAUGAAUAAUUAUAAUACUGAUGAUUUAUUAAUUCCUCCUUCUAUAUUGGAUGAUCGAAUGUUACCUGUAACAUUAAAUUCUACUGGAUUAAUUUCUGUUUAUGAAGGGACAAAUUUGCGAUUAAAAUGUGCAGCAAGUGGUAAACCUGAACCUGUUGUUCAAUGGUUUAGAAGUGAUGGUAUUAUCAUUCCUAUAGGAUCUUGGCAUGUGACUUCUAUAAUUGGACAUACAUUUAAUAUCAGCGUAGUUAAUCGAGAACAUAUGGGAGAAUAUACUUGUGUUGCUGAUAAUGGAGUUCCACCUAGAGCAUUUAAAAAAUUUAAACUUCAAGUCAAAUUUUCUCCUUUUAUUCGAAUACGUAAUCAAAUGAUUCAUGUACGUAGUCAAAGCAUUGCAGUUUUAGAAUGUGAAGUCGAGGCAUUUCCAGAGCCAAUUACUUAUUGGGAACGUGAAGAUGGUCGUCGUCUCAAAAUGUCUGACAAAUACAGAUUUGAAAUUCAUGAUAGAAAAGAUAUGUAUAAACUUAAAAUGCGUUUGAAGAUUACAAAGAUAACAUCAGUUGAUCAUGGUACCUAUUAUUGUGUUGUUAAAAAUGAUGUUGAUACUACUAAAGGUUCUUUUAUAGUUAAUGAUGAUAUAAAAAAUAUGGAAAAAUCAAAAAUAGGAAAACAGCAAUAUAUUACAUAUGGAAAGCCAGCACCGCAACAUGUUGAUUUAGAAGAACUUUGUGCACCACAUGAAACUUGUGCUGCUUGUCCUGUUUUAAGAUGUACUUUUACAGAUAUCGCUGAAUAUUUAAAUAUUCAACCACUGAAAAAUGUUACUUUUAGUGGACUUCCACCGAGAUUAGCAGAUGGUAUAAUAGAAGCAGUAGGAAAACCAGUUUUAAAAGGUACUAUGGAUGAUCAUUAUGGAAGUUGGAUGCAUGAUACAUUUAAAUCUGAUAUUUAUCCGGAAAAACUUUGGGUUACUCGAAAAAAUGAAACUUCUUUUAUUUUUGAAUAUAAAUCAAAAGAUCAUUUUAAAAAUGCAAGUUCAUAUUCUAUUGCAUUACCAUAUCCAUUUCAAGGAAAUGGACAUGUAGUAUACAAUAGAUCUUUUUUUUAUAAUCCUAUAAAUCGAUCUUCAAUUUUUCGUUUUAAUCUCCAUUCUAUUUCUGAUCAAGUAUGUGAUAAAGAAUUUUCACGAUGUGAAUUACAUCUUCCAGGAUUAUUAGUAAAUACAAAAAAUUAUCUAUAUACACCGAAUCAUAAUUUUAAUUAUGUUGAUUUCAAUGUAGAUGAAAAUGGAUUAUGGGUAAUAUAUGGAUUACCAUCAAAUAAUACAGUAGUCAUAAAAAUGGAUGCAACUAACAUGAAUAUUCAACAUGCAUGGAAUAUUAGUAUAGACAAUCAUAAAUUUGGAGAAAUGUUUAUUGCUGGAGGAGUGCUUUAUGCUGUUCAUAGUGUUACAGAAGAAACAAUGAAAAUAAGGUUGGCUUUUGAUCUAUAUAAAAAUAUUACAAUACCUGUUCAUUUAUCAUUCACAAAUCCUUAUCAUAAAACUACAGCAGUCAGUUAUAACCAUAAGACAAAAGAACUUUAUACUUGGAAUAAAGGAAAUCAAUUAGCCUAUCCUAUAAAAUAUCAGGGUUUCACAAAUGCUACAAUAAAAGAAGAUAUGAGGGGUGCGGAAAUUGGAAUUUAAAAUUAGUAUUAAAAUAACAUUGAAAAAUGAUGGAAUGUAUGUUUUAUCUUUUAAUUUUUUAUUAAUGUACUAAUAUAAAAGAGACAAUAAAAAUACAAUUGUUCUCUCCAUUCAUUGUG